AUGCAAGCUCUAAAUAAGAACACAACAAACUUUUCAAACUAUUCUAAGAUAUCUGAGUCAUUGAAAGAAGGAAACUUAAAACUGACAUUAAACCCAAUGACAGAUGAGUUUCUGUUUCAAGACAAUAAGAACCAUACUGUCUGUAUAAAUCCAACAAAAGGAACUUUAAACGAGAAACCUAUAAAUGAACUUCUUUUGAAAGCAGAUGUUGACAACAAAGCUGACAAAGAAUAUGUCAUUGAAAAAGUUCAAGAAGAACAUGACAGAGCAGAUGCAACAUAUGCAACGAAAGAACAUACUCAUCCUGAACUAGCAGACAAAACAUAUGUUGACAAUAAAAUGUCAAGUGAAGUGACAAGAGCUGACAAAGAAUAUUCUAAAAAGACUCAUAUACAUUCUAUAUCUGAAAUAACAGA